GGUUGGUGCCGUCAAAGUAAUUUAAUAUAUGGCAAACUAAAGAUAUUAUAUACAACAACUUACAUUUCAACCGAAAAUUAUACAUUUAAAUAGUAUCGUUUGUAAAAUAAAAGAAAUUGACGAUGGAUGAUGGACAAAAUGCACGUACAAUUCAUUGCGGUAAUUUGAAUGCUGACAAAAUCACCGAAGAAUUGCUGUAUGAGCUAUUUUUACAGGCUGGUCCACUUGAAAGGGUAUCAAUACCCAAAGAUAAUGGUAAAAAUCGUCAAUAUGGUUUUGUCACAUAUAAGUUUCAAUGCUCGGUUCCGUAUGCCAUGAACGUUUUCUCGGGCACAAAACUGUUCAAUCGUGAAUUGCGAUUGAACAAUCGUUGUUCGAAUAAAAACAACAACAAUGGCAUUGAAAACAAUCAACCGCGUGGCAAUCAAAUGUCUAAUGUACCACCACCGUUAUUGCCAAAUAUGCCGACCACACAUCAAUUCCAAUUGCAAAACCCAUAUGGAAACGAUGCAUUGCGUGGUGGUGUCUUCAAUAAUCGCGGUUCAGCCAUGAAUCAUAUGAACAACAUGAUGCCAACAGCAUUUACUCCAAAUUUACCGUUACAAUUUCCGCAGAAUGCACAAAUCGAUUAUCAAACAUUAUUGGCACAGAGUGCACAAAUGUUUGCGAUGGCAAAUAAUAUGGCUGGAAAUAAUAUGGCAAAUGACAACGAAUCACAUAAGCAUCAAUCGAAAAUGAUGCAUCACCACGACAGUCGACCACAUAAUCAAAACAGCAACUACAAUCGCGAUAAGGACAGACGCAAUGAUCGAAAUGAUCGGCGACGAGAUCGUAGCAAGGAUAGAAGUCGAUCAUUGAGCCGAGAAAGAACGGAUUGGAUACGAAAUAAAGGAAAGGGUUCCAAUAGUAGGUCAGAUCGACGUGAUCGAAAUCAUAGGGCAGGCAAUAACAAUCGCCGUAGAUAAAUGAACCAUUUUGAUGAAAACUGCGAUGCGAUUGAUUACAUUUGUUAACCGAUUCUACUCAUUAUUAAUUUAAAUAAAAAAGCAUGUGUAUUUUGAAGGGCACGCGUGUCUUUUUGAAAAUAAAAAGAAAAAAGUAAAUAAAAAUAUAUCAAAUUUGGUAGCAUUUUGCCAAAUCGUUUGUAGAAAAAA